UUGGAAGCUCGCUGCUCAGCUGGGCCGUGUCCGCCCACUCUGGCGGCGGCGCUGGACCGGCCAGCUCGCUCCCCAGCCUCGGAAAGAGCUUCAGGAAGGAGAAAGAGACCGGAACCUCCAGGGAGAAACAUCCUUGUCCCCAGCCCUGCGAUGAAGACUGCGGGGUGCUGAGGCAGCAGGCUUAGAGUGGAGCUGGGAUACUGUGCCCCAAGGAUGCUGGCGGGAACCUGACUUGUUAAGGGAGAGCUCAGUGUCAGCACAGAGGAAAACAUCAGUUGUAUAGACAUUGCUCCUGCAGAUUUCCCAGCAGUGUCACUCACAGCACCACCAGGCCAGAUGGAGAUCACUGUGGGGAUCACGGAAGGAAACACUACCAAUUCCUCCACUACCUUCCUUUCUCUACUCGACUCCCAUGGAGCACAAGCUGUUUCCCUGCCAUUCAACUUUAGCUAUGGUGACUAUGACAUGCCUUUGGAUGAAGAGGAGGAUGUGACAAAUUCCCGGACUUUCUUUGCUGCCAAGAUCGUCAUUGGCAUGGCCCUGGUGGGCAUCAUGCUGGUCUGUGGUGUUGGCAACUUCAUCUUUAUCGCUGCCCUGGCCCGCUACAAGAAGCUGCGCAACCUCACCAACCUGCUCAUUGCCAACCUGGCCAUCUCUGACUUCCUCGUGGCCAUUGUCUGUUGUCCCUUUGAGAUGGACUAUUACGUGGUGCGCCAGCUGUCCUGGGAGCACGGCCAUGUCCUGUGUGCCUCUGUCAACUACCUGCGCACUGUCUCUCUCUAUGUUUCCACUAAUGCCUUGCUGGCCAUCGCCAUUGACAGGUAUUUGGUCAUUGUCCACCCGCUGAGACCACGGAUGAAGUGUAAAACAGCCACUGGCCUGAUUGCCUUGGUAUGGACGGUGUCUAUCCUCAUUGCUAUCCCUUCGGCUUACUUCACCACCGAAACUAUCCUCAUUAUUGUUGAGACCCAGGAGAAGAUCUUUUGUGGCCAGAUCUGGCCAGUGGACCAGCAGCUCUACUACAAGUCCUAUUUCCUUUUCAUCUUUGGCAUCGAGUUUGUGGGUCCUGUGGUCACCAUGACCCUGUGCUAUGCCAGGAUCUCCCGGGAGCUCUGGUUCAAGGAGGUCCCUGGGUUCCAGACUGAGCAGAUCCGCAAGCGGCUGCGCUGCCGCAGGAAGACGGUGCUGGUCCUCAUGGGCAUCCUCACAGCUUAUGUGCUGUGCUGGGCACCCUUCUAUGGCUUCACCAUUGUGCGUGACUUCUUCCCUACAGUGUUUGUGAAGGAGAAACACUACCUCACCGCCUUCUACAUCGUUGAGUGCAUCGCCAUGAGCAACAGCAUGAUCAACACAUUGUGCUUCGUGACCUUCAAGAACAACACCAUCAAGUACUUCAAGAAGAUCAUGCUGCUUCACUGGAAGUCUUCUUACCUUGGGAGCAAGUCAAGUGCUGACCUUGACCUCAAAACCACUGGGAUGCCUGCCACAGAAGAGGUAGACUGCAUCAGACUAAAAUAACCUCAACUGACCUUGCAAAAUGGAAACAGAAGAUGAGAUCUUUGGGACACCAACUAAAGAUGUGCUUGGGUAGUGCCUCAAUCAAGAACCCUCACAACCAUGGGAACAUCGUGUCCAAUGAUCUUGAAAUUUCUAAAACAAAUGAGACUAGAUGCUGUCAGUAGCAGUUAUUAUUCAUUGAAUGCCUAACUUGUGCAAAGAGUAGCACUGAUGAAACCUAGCGUGUUGGUGAGAGAUAAUUCACAAAGCAGGGGUUAAACCAGGUCAAGUGUGAUGCAGACUGGACAAGGAGGCUUCCACAUGGAGGCCAGAGAACUUUUGUUUGGAGUGUGAGAACAUCUUUGGGUCAUCUCAGCUACUCACCACACAUUGAUCUCAUUCAUUUCUGGGAGGACCCUUAGGCUUAAAUCCACGCCUACCAUUCACAAGGUUGGGCCAAGAAGGCAAAAGAGGUUCCUGACUCUUUCUGAAGCCCUUCACUUCUCAUCGCUGGUCUGAUCCUCACUCUGAAUAGCUUUGCAUGCAAGCACAGUGUCACUCCAUGUUUUGUGGCCAAGUCUGCACCCCCAAAAAACUUUCCUAAGUUAUACCCUUGUCCCCACUCCCAAGCCCAGGACUUCACACAUCUGUUCCUUUGGCUUUGUGAACUAUCACCCCACAGGAAGGAGGUAUAGGUGAGGAGAAUCAAAAUACAUGGUGCGAGGCUCAGUUUCUCUGGGUUUAAGGAUGACAUUGCUUUACCUCUGCUAUUCUGGCUUGGACCAGUAGGCUUCCCUUUAAGUCCUUUCCUUUCUUCUCCUGUCUUUAUGCAUAUGAUGUGGGGAAACUUUGAAUAUAGUCACGUGGAUGUGGCUAUCAGACAUUUUCUCACUCUUUUGUCCAGCUCUCAAGUAGCAGAGCAAGAGCUCCUCCUGAACUCUUGCUGAUGAGGUACUCUCACCACUGUGACUGGAACGCAGGGUGUGUUUGUCACAGUGCCUGAAUCUCAUCCUAGUCAUGAUUCCGUCAGUUGAGACUCACUGCUCUUAUAUGUUGAAAGCAUUCUUGGGAAGCACAGGCCAUUCCAUUUCUGUUUCUCAGUGUGAAGUCAAGGGCUCCAGGCAGGUGAUGUAGCUCAGUGUUAGAGCUCUGUGUAUCAGAGAGGAAGAAGAAUAUGGAUUGCUGGGGGCAGGACCAACAGUGAACUGUGGUGGUCCCACCAGGUUACUGAAGCCUCAUCCCACUUUUUAACCCGCCUCUUUCAUUUGAUGUUUUGAGUUUGGAAUUUAAGACCCAGAAGAUCUAAAAGCCAGCCUUGGCAUUUGUGUAAUAUGGCCCUUGGAAAACUUCUCUGAGACAAAGACAAUACACAUAGUACUUAUCUGUGCUGGCUGUGGAAGCAAAUAAAAUAAUGUGUGAUAAAAUGCUUUCAGCUACAGAAGUAGUCAAAAAUAUGUAUUAUUAACUGUGAAAAGUGCCUGGACAAAGAUGUACUUACUACCUUGGUGUCUGUAGCCAAAAUCUUGCCAUUGUCGGCUUUUAUUUUUCAAUCAGUGAGUUAUCUUCCCCUAUUCUUCUUAGCAGCGUGGCAUAUAUUCUAUUCCCAAUGGCAUGUGGUACAAACAAAGCUGUGAAAUUUGAUGAUAGAGUGGAAAGGAUGUGGCAGAUGAGUCUCCUGUCGGGAGAUGAGUCAAGGAUUUGAAAACUCCAGCAUCAGAGUAUCUUUGGGAUCUCAGAAGUACUAACCACCUUCCCCUAUGUUUCCCCAGCCAAUAUGAAUCUGAACAAAAUAAUAGAGUUUCCCAGUCUGCUUGUAUUCCAAUAAGCAUGGAGAGCUACAGAGUGACUUGGCUCUACUUAUUUAAUUCAAGAGCAGGACUUAUAUAAGGCUAAGUGAUUACUGUGUAAUAGUUACCCUUUGUAUAUAGUCAACUCCAGAUUGUUUGACAGCAAAAUUUAUUUUUUAUUGUUUAUUUCCCUAGAAGACACACUUUCAAAGACGUACCUAUUUCUUUUCCUAUUGCUUUUUGGUAUUCAAAAGACCCUAUAAUUUGUUUAAAAUUCUCUGAAAGACUAAAAAUCAAUUAAAGUAUUAACCUAAAUCAAAUACACAUUGGAGAACAAUUCUUAUAUUUUAAGGAAAAUUGUACAAUAUAUUCUAAGAUCACUUGUUUUUGGAUUAAAAGUCAGAAAGUUAUACAAUUUAUUGGGAUUAUAUUAAUCAUUUCUGUGAAGACUGCUAAACAAGAGUUGAUUAUGCCAAUCUUAUUAUUUUUUUUUAUACAUGACAAAACUCCAUCUUGCUUUUUAAGCUAAAAUGUAUUUUUA